CCCACACGUGCUCGGAGAACAGGCCCCGCCUCCCCUGCCCGGCCUGGGCAAAGUCCCCGCCUUGACUGCUCCGCUUGGCCUCAGCCCCACGGGAAGCCCCGCCUCCAGGGCCUGUAUGGCAACUCUGGUGAUCUCUGUGUGGUCUCUGACACCCUCAGCCUGCCUGUCACUGAAGCUGGAGCCUAGGCAUCAGGAUGUUGGGCUGGGUCCAGAGGGUGCUGCCUCAGCCCCCAGAGACCCCUCGGAAGACCAAGAUGCAGGAGGAAGAGAAAGUGGAACCAGAGCCAGUGCUGGAGGCGGAGGUGGAACCAGAGCCGAACCCCGAGGAGGCCGAGACAGAGUCCGAGUCCAUGGUGAGAGGUGGAGGGGGAGGAGGGGCAGGCCCGCCUCGCUGGUCGGGGUCUUCCCAGUUUGGGCCAGUUGCUCUCCAGGGACCUUCUACAGCAGAAAAGCCCCCGGAAGAGUCAUUCAAGGAGGAGGAAAUGGCUGUGGCGCACCCAAAUCCUCAGGAGACCAAGGAGGCUGCCCUUACUUCCACCAUAUCCGUCCAGGCCCAGGGCGCUGAUUUUUCAGAAAUGAACAGUCCCAGCCGCAGAGUGCUGAGCUGGCUCAUGAAGGGCGUGGAGAAGGUGGUCCCACAGCCUGUCCACAGCGCCAGGGAGGACCCGGCUCAGAUCCUGGGUCAUGGCAGCACUGGGGACACAGGGUGCACAGAGGAACCCAAUAAGGCCCUCGAGGCCCAGGACACUAGGCCUGGGCCUCGGCUGCUGCUGUGGCUGGAGCGGAAUCUGGAGAGAGUGCUGCCUCAGCCCCCUAGAUCCUCCGAGGUCUGGAGAGAGGAGCCUGAAAGUGCCACAGGUGCCGCGUCGGACCCAGCGCCUCCAGGACGCCCCCAGGAAACGGGGCCCAAGCUGCAGGCCCAGGAGAUCCCCUCCCUGCCCACACCAAGCCCCCUGAAGCCCAAGGAGGAACCCAAGGAGGAACCCAAGGAGGAACCCAAGAAGGUGCUGGCUCCAGAGCCCCAGCCUGGCUCCCAGGCCCAGGCCUCCUCCCUCCCUCCACAAAGAGACCCUGCCAGGCUGGUGGCAUGGGUCCUGCACAGGCUGGAGAUGGCCUUGCCGCAGCCAGUGCUACAUGGGAAAACAGGGGAACAGGAGCCUGACUCCCCUGGGAUGUGUAACGUGCAAACCAUCAGCAUCCUUCCUGGAGGGCAAGUGGAGCCUGACCUCGUCCUAGAGGAGGUUGAACCACACUGGGAGGGUGCCUGCCAGGAUGUCAGUACCAGCCUGCAGAGUACAGAGGUGGUUCCAGCUUAUGAAGAAGAGAACAAAGCCGUGGAGAAGAUGCCCAGGGAGCUGUCCCGGAUUGAAGAGGAGAAAGAAGAUGAGGAGGAAGAGGAAGAGGAGGAGGAGGAGGAGCAGGAGGAGGUGACUGAGGUGCUGCUGGAUAGCUGUGUGGUGUCGCAGGUGGGCGUGGGCCAGAGUGAAGAAGACAGGACCCAGCCCCAGAGCGUCUCAGACAAGGAUCUGCGAGAGGAGGCCGAGGAGGAGGCUGAAGAGGAGGCUGAGGAGGAGGCUGAGGAGGAGAAGGUCAAGGAGGCGGCCAAGGAGAAGGCUAAGGAGGAGCCCCAGAACUGGGCCGACACCAAGGAGGAGCCUGAGGCCACAGCUUCCAGUUCAGGAGUGCCUGCCACAAAAGAGCGUCCGGAAGUGCAGGUGGAAGAUACCGAUGCUGAUGGGCACGCCCUCCUGGUGGAAGAGAAUCCACCCUCACCCUUGUUGCCACUACCAUCUCCUGCCAAAUCUGACACCCUCACGGUCCCAAACUCAGCCUCGGGAACACACAGGAAGAAGCUGCCCUCUGAGGAUGAUGAGGCUGAAGAGCUCAAGGCAUUGUCUCCAGCUGAGUCCCCAGUGGUUGCCUGGUCGGACCCCACCACCCCGAAGAACACUGACAGCCAGGACCGUGCGGUCUCCAUGGCCAGCACAAGUAGCGCCAUCAUCAAUGACCGGCUCCAGGAGCUGGUGAAGCUCUUCAAGGAGCGAACAGAGAAGGUGAAGGAGAAACUCAUCGACCCUGACGUCACCUCUGACGAGGAGAGCCCCAAGCCCUCCCCAGCCAAGAAAGCCCCAGAGCCAGCUCCAGACACGAAGCCUGUGGAAGCCGAGCCAGUGGAAGAGGGGCACUAUUGCAACAUGCUCUGCUGCAAGUUCAAACGCCGCCCCUGGAAGAAGUACCAGUUUCCCCAGAGCAUUGACCCGCUGACCAACCUCAUGUACAUCCUAUGGCUGUUCUUCGUGGUGAUGGCCUGGAACUGGAACUGUUGGCUGAUUCCUGUGCGCUGGGCCUUCCCCUACCAGACCCCGGACAACAUCCACCUCUGGCUGCUGACGGAUUACCUAUGCGACCUCAUCUACUUCCUGGACAUCACUGUGUUCCAGAUACGCCUGCAGUUUGUCAGAGGCGGGGACAUCAUUACGGACAAAAAGGACAUGCGGAAUAACUACCUGAAAUCUCGCCGCUUCAAGAUGGACCUGCUCAGCCUCCUGCCCUUGGAUUUUCUCUAUUUGAAAGUCGGUGUGAACCCCCUCCUCCGCCUGCCCCGCUGUUUAAAGUACAUGGCCUUCUUCGAGUUUAACAACCGCCUGGAAUCCGUCCUCAGCAAAGCCUACGUGUACAGGGUCAUCAGGACCACAGCCUACCUUCUCUACAGCCUGCAUUUGAAUUCCUGUCUUUAUUACUGGGCGUCGGCCUAUCAGGGCCUUGGCUCCACUCACUGGGUAUAUGAUGGUGUGGGAAACAGUUAUAUUCGCUGUUACUACUUUGCUGUGAAGACCCUCAUCACCAUUGGGGGGCUGCCUGACCCCAAGACGCUCUUUGAAAUUGUCUUCCAGGGGCUGAAUUAUUUCACAGGCGUCUUUGCUUUCUCUGUGAUGAUCGGACAGAUGAGAGAUGUAGUAGGGGCCGCCACCUCGGGCCAGACCUACUACCGCAGCUGCAUGGACAGCACGGUGAAGUACAUGAACUUCUACAAGAUCCCCAAGUCCGUGCAGAACCGCGUCAAGACCUGGUACGAGUACACCUGGCACUCGCAAGGCAUGCUGGAUGAGUCAGAGCUGAUGGUGCAGCUUCCAGACAAGAUGCGGCUGGACCUGGCCAUCGAUGUAAACUACAACAUUGUUAGCAAAGUUGCACUCUUUCAGGGCUGUGACCGACAGAUGAUCUUUGACAUGCUGAAGAGGCUUCGUUCCGUCGUCUACCUGCCCAACGACUAUGUGUGCAAGAAGGGGGAGAUCGGCCGCGAGAUGUACAUCAUCCAGGCAGGGCAAGUGCAUGUCUUGGGCGGCCCUGAUGGGAAAUCUGUGCUGGUGACGCUGAAAGCUGGAUCUGUGUUUGGAGAAAUAAGCCUGCUGGCUGUUGGGGGCGGGAACAGGCGCACGGCCAACGUGGUGGCCCAUGGGUUUGCCAACCUCUUCAUCCUGGAUAAGAAGGACCUGAAUGAGAUUUUGGUGCAUUAUCCUGAGUCUCAGAAGUUACUGCGGAAGAAAGCCAAGCGCAUGCUGAAAAACAACAACAGGCCCAAGGAGAAGAGCGUGCUGAUCCUUCCACCCCCGGCGGGCACCCCGAAGCUCUUCAGCGCUGCUCUUGCUGUGACAGGAAAGAUGGGUGGCAAGGGGGCAAAAGGCGGCAAACUUGCCCACCUCCGGGCCCGGCUCAAAGAACUGGCUGCGCUGGAGGCGGCUGCAAAGCAGCAGGAGUUGCUGGAACAGGUCACAGCAGGAGUUGCGAACCAGCCACCAUGUCCAUUUCAGGCCAAGAGCUCGCAAGACGCCAAGGGAGAGGAAGGCUCAGCCAUCCCAGACCCGUCCGCGCCCCGGACGCCCCUGGAGCCCCCGGGGUCUCCACCACCUGCCUCCCCUGGGCGGCCCGAGGGAGAAGAGGAGCGGGCGGCCGGGCCGGAGGAGCACUCGGUGAGGAUCCGCAUGAGCCCGGGGCCAGAGCCCGGCGGCGAGCAGAUCCUGUCGGUGGAGAUGCCGGAGGAGGAGAAGGAGAAGGUGGCCUGAGGUGGGGAGAGGCGGCCCCCGGCGCACCGUCCUGGCUGUGCCCCCAGCGCUCGCUGCUCCCCGACACCCUAGCUUCCCCCGCAGCCCAGAAAGAGACAGUUUUCUGCAGUCGUGGCCUCAGUGGCUACAGCUCUGACCGCCCCGCCAGCCUGCCGGCCCGGACUCAGCUCCUCGUGGGGCUGGGCCUGAGAUCAACAAAUUGCAUCAAGUUUUCGAGUCCCUGAGUGCUCACUGUCAUUUGACAGCCCUAGCUUCUCCUGACUGUUCUCUUUUUAAGAACAAAAUGAUUCAUGGGUAGGGGAUAAAAUGGGACUCCAAUAAUACGUGGGAAGCUUUGUUGGAAAAGUAAAGCGUUAUUGAAUCUGUGAGAUUUCCCCUCAGGAAUUUGUCUUCUGUAUUUCAAGGAUAGAAAACACUUCACGGCUGGGCAUGGUGGCUCAUCUCUGCCAUCCCAGUGCUUUGGGAAGCCGAAGCAGGAGGAUUGCUGGAGGUCAAGAGUUCGAGAGCAGACUGGGCAACAUAGCGAGACCCCAUCUCAAACAAAAACAAAAACGAAACAAAAUAGCCAGGCAUGGUGGUAUGCAUCUGUAGUCCCAGCUACUGGAGAGUUUGAGAUAGGAGGAUGACCUGAGCCCAGGAGUUUCUGGCUGCAGUGAGCCAUCCACAGUGAGACCCUGUCUCAAAAAAUAAAAAGAUAGCCAGGCACAGUGGUUCACAUCUGCAAUACCAGCACUUUGGGAAGCUGAGACAAGAGGAUUGUUUGAGACCAGGAGUUCAAGAUCAGCCUGGGCAACAUGGUGAGACCACCAUCUCUACAAAACAGCAGCAGAAAGAAAACAACAUACACAAACAAAAAACAAAGAAAGGAGGGCAGCCGAGCUGUUCAGCUGAGAAUUGCCACCAUUCUGACCUGAGCUUGGACGCUGUUUUCCUUUGCUGGCAAUCACAGUAGGGGGCUGGCUGCCCAUUAGGGUAGUUAGUGCUUAUCUUCCCCAAACUCUGCUCAAUUCCAGUGCAAAGCCAUUAUCUCGGAACAGAUAGAAUGCAAAUGGAUUUACUAGCCAGGGGCUGUUACCAUUUCUCCCUCCACCAGGAGGGACAGCCCAGUAGGAGCAUCCUCUGCCUGUCAUUCUGAGAAACCCCAUUCACCAGCAGGGAUCAGUCCGUUACUCACUUCUGACACCGUCACUGUAGAGAUGGUGGCAGCAACUUCAAUUAAUCCUAGAAAAUGAAAUAUCUCAGCCGAUGACAGCAGUUACAUUCCCUAAAGCUUUCCAGAUCGUGUCAUGUUGCUUUUAUGAUUCAGAAAAAAAGAAAAAGAAAAAAGGGCCAUUCAGGGAAUGAAUAUUUAUCAAGAGGAUUUCGUCUGCAUACCGAAUGGCUCUUGUGGGAGUGAGUGAAAACAAAAUCUAGUAUUCUAGUAUUAGGCCAUUUGUUUCCACCUGCAACAGUGAACAUAAAGGACCUGGAAUUCCAAUAGUUUCUGCCCAUUUUAUGUAAAAUUACAGGAAAAUGUGAGCUGCUUAGAGGCCUUUGAAGGUUUGCAAAUGUCUGUAUGUAUUUACCCAUCCACUAAAAACAACAUUCAUUUCCACUGUGGAAAAAUUAAACAAUGUGUGAGUUCCCAGCGCUAAGCAUCUCCAAAUCCCAGAGUAGCAGAUUUGUCUUGGUGAUGGCUUGUCACGUGAUCUGGGUAAUCAUCACAUUGAAUAUAAUGGUGAUUGACAUUAUUAUUUUACCAUUUUUUAAAAAAGCUUUUAAAAUGUAUUUUAAUAGACAAUAACAUAUUUACAUGGGUACAAAAGGACAUCCGAUAAAAAUUCAUCCUACCCCAGUACCCAACUUUCUUGGUUCCCUCUCUGGAAGCAACCACUGUUAAUAAUUUCUCCCGUAUCAUUUCAGAGCUAUUUUAUGCUUAUACAAGGAAAUAUGUAAAUGCUGCUUCCCUUCCUUUUUAAUUUUAACAGAAGUGUAACACAUAUUAGAACCACUGUUAUUUUUCACUUAAUUUACUUUGGAGAUUGUUCUCUAUCCUCCAAGAGCCUGCUUAUUUUUUCAUGGCAGCAACCUAAUUUGUUGUAUGGAUGUAUGAUAACAUUUAAACCACUCUCCCAUUGAUGGGCAUUAGCGCUGUUUCCAAUCUUAGGCUGUUAAAAAUAAUGCUGCCAUAAAACAAGCUUGUGCAGACAUAAUUUCACUGGUAAACAUUUUUUACAUGGGUGAAGUCUGAGAGUUUAGGCAGUUAUUUUUCCUUCAAUUCCAUUUACAUUUGUAUGUUUGUAUCACAUAUUCUUUUUAUUUUUCUUUCUUUUUUUGAGAUGAGGUCUCACUCUGUCACCAGGCUGGAAUGCAGUGGCUCAAUCUCUGCUCACUGCAACCUCCACCUCUCAGAUUCAAGCGAUUCUCCUGCCUCAGCCUCCCGAGUAGCUGGGACUACAGGCCUGUACCACCACACUCAGCGAAUUUUCAUAUUUUAGUACAGACAGGGUUUCACCAUGUUGGCCAGGCUGGUCUUGAUCUCUUGACCUCGUGCUCUGCACACCUUGGCCUCCCAAAGUGCUGGGAUUACAGGUGUGAGCCACUGCACCUGGCCCUUGUACCGCAUAUUCUAAGAGCAAAGUAUAGAGAAUGCUUCCACCAUUAGCAAUAUUUCAGAUAUGCUAAUAAACACAUUGCUUUUCAGUAAAUGGCAAAAUGCUUCAACAGCGCCUUCCCUGUGAGAUCCUAUUUUAUAAGAAAUAUGUUUUAUACCAAUGUACUUAUGCUUUUAGGUAUCAGUUCUUGAAUCUAUACUCCUUAUUAUAUAAAGCAAGAGAUUCUUGAGGUUUCCAAGAAUUGUCCUGGAAAGAAAAUUGAUUUUGAAAUGAGAUUAGCAGUGUUUUAAUUUCACUGAGAUAGCUCCUUAAACUCAGCACUUUCACAAAACUUAGAUAUUAAAUAAAUUGAAUUUGAGGCUGGGAUUCUUCCCCAAAUUGAAUUGGACUGGUUGUUUCCUGAGGUAUGAAUGAAACAGCUCAGAAGCAUUAUAAUUCUGUAGCUGAAAUGGGACCCUUAUUUAUGUAUGUUCAAUCUCUACUCAUUUAAAAUGUCUCAACAUUUCCUGCAUUUAAAUAGAAAAUGAAUAGCCAGGUUUUUUUUAACUACAUAAAUAUUUUAAAUACUAUGAAAACAAAGCAGCUGUUUUGAAUUUCAUUAUCAAAGUGUGUUCAGCUACCUGGAAUAUUUUAAUCUGCUUUCUUAGUAAACAUGAGCACUUUAUUUACACUCUGCCUUUCCUAUUACAAUGCAUUUUAAUUAAAGUAUUUAGGCAAAUGUU